CAGUUGUGACCGAUCGCUUACGGCAUUCCGACAGCAUAAAUUGAGAAGCACGUUGCGCGGUGGCGGUGUGGGUGGCGGAGGCGACGAUGAUGCUGAACGACUUUGUGCCGCUCACCGUCGAUGCCGACGAGGGCGGAGCGGAGCCAUCAACGAAGCGAUCGAAAGGAAAGGGAUCGCCAAAGCAACGGCAUGGCAAACACGACAAAGACGACAGAAAGAGAAAGAAGCACAGAAACGCCCGCCAAGGCGAAGGCCAGCAUCAGGACCGAAGACACAAGAAGCGGGAUGCAAAGCACAAAGACCAACAAGGCGAUGAUGAAGAUGACCCUUAUCCAUGGUGCACCCGCAAAUACUCCAAAAUACCGUCCAUUGCACUCCACCAGGAGAUUGUAGACUUUCACAAAUACAUGGAGCCAAUGAAGGAGGAAGUGACGCUGCGUCGCGCCUUUGUCGACCGUGUCAAGGAGGUCAUCCUCGGGCUGUGGCCGAAAGCUGAGGUGACGGUGUUUGGCAGCUUCAACACCGGCCUCUACCUGCCUACAAGUGACAUUGACGUGGUUGUGUUUGGCGACUGGGCUGUGCCCCCAUUGCAAACACUUGCGCGUGCGUUACGGCAAGUCAACAUCCCUGACAAAAUGGAGGUCAUUGCCAAGGCUCGGGUGCCAAUUGUGAAGUUUCGCGACAAAGUGACCAACCUGUGGAUGGACAUUUCGUUCAAUCAGCCCUCUGGUCCACAGGAUUCCAUCAAUGUCAAGAAAUGGAAAACGCAAUACAGGGGGCUGGUGCCACUCGUCCUCAUCAUUAAGCAGUUCCUUCUGCAGCGCGGACUGAACGAGCCCUUCUCUGGCGGCAUUGGCUCGUAUGCCGUCUUCCUCCUCGUCAUGAGCUUCCUUCAGCGGCGCCCGCUGACCAGCCCCACACCAAACUUUGGUGUCCUCCUCAUUGAGUUCUUUGAGCUGUACGGACUGCACUUCAACUUUUAUGACGUCGGCAUCAGUGUCCGCGGCACCGGCAAAUACUUUCCAAAGACGGGCCGCUGGUCUGGCCGUCGGCAGCGCGAAAUUAUGUCCAUCGAGAACCCGCGCGACCCAAGCCACGAUGUCACCGGCAAUGCUUUCGCCACUCCCAUGAUUCGGGAAGCGUUUCAGCACGCGUACUUUGUGUUAACGAGCAACAUGCACGAGAAGCGACCGAAGAAGUACCAGCGGCCACAAUCACUGCUAGGUCAGAUUGUGCAGGUCGACCAAGACACGACCACAUAUCGGCAGUGGGUCAAGCAGUUUGUUGUGGACGAGCACGGCCCCGUCAACGACGAAACUGCCACUGUUGAGGAAGCGGAGGAGGAGAUCAUGGUCUUGGAAUAAACAAAACCAGCGCACCAGAGUCAAUCAGCCCAUUGUACCCACACCCCCUGCCAGCAGCGCUGUCUGUAUCUCUCUCCCUCCUUCAUUCACUCAUACGAGAUUGGUUGGUGCUUUGCAUGUGUCAACUUAUCAAAUUUCGAAUUUAAUGCUGGUCAAAAGGGA